AUGUCUCACGAAGCUCUCAAUCCCAUCCACCCCUCGGUGCUCCCCGAAUUGGACCCCGUGUUCAUUGAAUUGUACAAUGAACAUGUCGCCAACACUCCAGGAGGCCCAAUUGACCUUUCCAUCUUGCGCACAAAAUAUUCCGUACUUUAUUCGUACGGAACAGGACCGGCACCGGACUGUGCUCGAAUCUUUGACUCAGAAGUGCAAGGCCACAAUGGAGAUAUGAUCCCUGUUCGUGUAUAUGAACCUGCCUCUCCUGGGCCAUGGCCAGUACAUAUCGACUUCCAUGGUGGAGGAUGGGGUCUUGGCGACCUUGACACGGAAUCCCAUAUUUGCAAACACAUCUGCGUGAAAGCCAACGUCUGCGUUAUUGACGUAGAUUACCGUCUUGUGCCCGAACACGCAUUUCCGAUCGGUAUUCAAGAUUCAUUUGCUGCAUUGCAGUACAUCCAUGCGCAGGGUACUGAGAAGUUCAACAUUGACCCGACCCGAAUCUCACUUGGAGGUGUGUCCGCAGGGGGGAACAUCGCAUUGGUAUGUGCACACCUAGCAAGGGAUGCCAAAAUCCCACUCAAACUGGUAGCUGUGGGUACGCCUACAGUGGAUGACAUCUCGAAAUACAAAAACGCAUCUGAGGCGCCAUGGCCUUCGAUGCAAACCAUGGAGCAUGCACCUACUCUCAAUUGGGCGCGUUUGAAAUGGUUCGACAAUCUGAAGUGGCAGAGCAUUGCAUUGGCUGGCUCCCAGCGUGAUUCCCAGCUUGCUGCGGUCAGUUGGUUUGCGAACAUUCUCAACGCACCAAAUUUUGCAAAUCUACCACGGACUGUGAUCUACACUGCUGGAUGCGAUCCGUUGCGCGACGAGGGCGAGGCAUAUGCUAGAAAAUUGAUUUCUCAUGGAAAUGAAGUCAUCCAAAAACAAUUUUCGGGGGUCCCGCAUCCUUUCAUGCAUAUGGAUAAAGACUUAUGGCAAGCGAAGGAGUUCAUUGAUCUGACAGCUGAUCAUAUUCGCGUAGGUUUGCGGGGAUGA